ACACGACGCGUGACAACCACGGGGGCCAAGCCAUUGCUAGGACAACACCGCGCGUCUUCCUCUCUCCACGCCUCGUCUCGGCUGCACGGCGAUGCAAGGCUGAGCCGCCCUCCCGGCUCUCUCCAAAGGAACUCCACCGCCUGGCGCAUCGCCGCCCACACCAUGCGAGACGACUCGCGAGCGUUCAUGGAGGGCGACGUAGAACACAGCGGCGUCUCGGUGCGGCCUGCGACCAAGGUGCCCAAGCAGUGCCGCGGGGGCCCCAAGGUGCACACGGACCGGACGCGGCUGCUCGCCGACGCCGGCAAGAAGCGGCGCCAGCGGUAUGUCUCCAAGGACGGCAAGUGCAACGUGCACCACGGCAACAUGCGCGAGACAUACCGCUACUUCACCGACCUCUUCACCACGCUCGUCGACCUCAAGUGGCGCUUCAACCUCCUGGUCUUCACCCUGGCAUACACGAUCACAUGGCUUUUCUUCGGAUUCAUUUGGUGGCUGAUUGCGUACAUCCGCGGGGACCUGGAUCACAUCGGCGACAAUUCGUGGACGCCCUGCGUGGACAAUCUGAAUGGCUUCGUGUCUGCCUUUUUAUUCUCCAUCGAGACGGAGACAACCAUCGGCUAUGGCCACCGGGUGAUCACCGACCGCUGUCCCGAGGGGAUCAUCCUGCUGCUGGUGCAGGCCAUCCUGGGCUCCAUUGUCAAUGCCUUCAUGGUGGGCUGCAUGUUCGUCAAAAUAUCGCAGCCCAAGAAGCGCGCCGAGACACUGAUGUUCUCCAACAAUGCGGUCAUCUCCCUGAGGGACGGGAAGCUCUGCCUCAUGUUCCGCGUGGGCGACUUGAGGAAUUCGCACAUCGUGGAGGCGUCCAUUCGAGCCAAGCUGAUGAAGUCCAAGCAGACCAAGGAGGGGGAGUUCAUCCCCCUCAACCAGACGGACAUCAACGUGGGCUUCGACACGGGGGAUGACCGCCUCUUCCUCGUCUCGCCGCUCAUCAUCUGCCAUGAAAUUAACGAGCAGAGCCCCUUCUGGGAGAUGUCGCGUGACCAGCUGAAGAAGGAAGAGUUUGAGAUUGUCGUGAUCCUGGAGGGCAUGGUGGAGGCCACCGGCAUGACGUGUCAGGCUCGCAGCUCCUACCUGGAGGCCGAGGUUCUGUGGGGCCACCGCUUCCUGCCCGUGCUCACGCUGGAGGAGGGCUUCUAUCAGGUGGACUACGAUACCUUCCACGACACCUACGAGUGCAGCACCCCAGCGUGUAGCGCACGCGACUUCGCCGAGACGGCGAGCCGCAGCGAGGCGGAGCGGCGGGCGCCGUCCAUCUCCAGCCGCCAGCUCGCGCAGGGCCCCGACGGCGAGGCUCAUGAGAGUGGCGCGCCUGGGGGGAGCGAGCAGAGCGAGCAGAAUGGGGACGUGGCCAAGAUGGGCAGCGAGCCGAGCAUGUGAGGUGCCGGGUGUCGUGGUGGCAGCGGUGGCGUUGAGGGGGUUUGCGCAUUUGUUGAAGGCGGCGGCCGUAAGGGGGGGGCGUCGGGUGGGGAGAGAGGGACAUGAGCGUUUGAGUGACGAGCCCGAGCCGUUUUGCCACGCCACAUUCCGAUCUGGGGACAGUGUUUCGCAGAUGUUUGAGCUACGAUCGAUGUUACCGGUGUACCCCGUACGGAGAAAAUUUACAUGACUUGUCUCGACCACCCUUGCCUUAACUGAAGAUUCUCUCUCUCGUAGUGUCCGCCUUCGGGGAAAUCGACUUCUACGCACUCCGUCUAAACACAUUUAAAGGGUGUUUGCUCAUUAUAUUUAUAAAGAAACACGACACGUUCCUCUCGGUAUUUAAAUUAACUUAGAACUCGGCCCGUUUACUGCAUCGCCAUGGUAACUGCAUUGCCACGGUAACUGCAUCGUACUGCAGCGAACCCCGCUCGGUGGGCGGCUGCCGUCUUACGCGACGAGCCACGGGGCCCUGGCGUGGCUCCACGGAAUGGCUCAGCGCAAGUGCAGCGCGGCCACGUGGCGAGACAACCACGCGGCCUCACGAAGGUUCGACCACCACACCCAGCCGUGCUGGGUCAGCAGUGGAGGCUCUACGGUGACGCGAUGACUCGGUCUCUACGUGGCAGAGACACGGUUUGACAAAAUAGUUUUGAGUGACAGAGCACUUGUAGUACGAGAGGGCAUUUCCAUUAAGCAGGGCAGCCGCCGCUCUCUAAAACGACCGGCCGACACUGGCCCAGGGCCCAUGCUAGUAGCCGUGAUUCGGUAUUCUACAUGAAGCCCUUUUGCCGUUUACUUCAGCCAUGGUGGUAGGAGGGUAGCAGGGAGCGUUAUCCAGCCGAGACGCCGCUUCCUUUCUCAAGAGUUCGUGGCAUUUUCAACAAAUGUCCGGCUCCAAGUCCCAACACAAGCACUGCGAUGGCCUGGAGAUUUUCCGGCCAGCCAACUGACUUUAUUACUACUCUGCUUAUUACUACUACCCAGUAAAGCCUCCAUGAGUCUCAAGGUUCUCUCUCAGGAGGAUCCUGCUAAAUUUUCUCAGGACAGAGCAACCUUGCCAUGUGUUUCCCAAGUAAGUUUAUUUGUGAGUAUUUUCUCUUUUGAAAUCUAUCCGCAGUAUUAACCAGGGAGGCCUGCUGGAGUCAAACCACAGGGCUCCUCAACAAGCGGCGCCAUGAACGCACGACCGAUGGGCCGCCGCCACAAAUUGCACAACGCACUCGAGGGCUGAGGCUCGAGGUGACUCAAGAGCCUGGGUGUCUCUGUUCAAUGUACGAAUGCAUACAAUGGCGUCACGGUGGCGAGAUGUUAACUAACCCCCCCCCCCCCCCCGCCUAGUAUACAGAAGGUCGUGGGUUCAAUCUCAACCCUGAUGCCUGUAUAUUGGGAGUUUGCAUGUUCUCCCCAUGGUCAUGUAGAUUUUAUUUGGGUCUUUCGGUUUUUCCCUCCACAUUUAGAAACAUGCAAGAAGAAUAUGUAGUUGCAAAAAAUAUCCACAUGAUAAGCCACUUACCAUGAGCUAUCAUUUGUGGCCAGGUCUCUUCUGAAAAAGCUAUAUCGUUCAGUGGGCCUUACCUGGUAAAAUAAAAAUUGUUUAGUUUAGUAUGUUGAACUUCUUUCGCACCGUACGUAGCCAGCCGUGCUAAUCGGAGAUGCGCGAGAAGGACAACAAACUAAACAUAAAAAGUAGUUAUAAAGAAACGAGUUUUAAAUCUUGAUUAUUUAAAAGUGCAUAGCUCCAGUUGCUUCCGCAGAAGUGCAUCUCAAAGCCAGCGAUGCAGUAACCAUCUUUGUUCGAUGGCAUACCAAAAAACAACUGCUGUGAGGAUGAACUGAGUUCGCCCAGGCUCCCACCCUCUGGCUCAUAGCGAUCAAUCCAAGUUUCACUGGCACUGUCGAUGAACGAUUAAAUGCAUUAAUUGCCUUCCUAAAGGAAUUCCAUGAAUGAGGAACCACAAACACAAAUCAUUUUGGGACCCAAUGGGAACGCUUCAUAAAGUCAAAUGGUCAUGGGUUAACGAAAAAGCCGUUACUUUAUCUGUCCCUAUAACCACUGAUGCUCUUUAUUUCUGCUCAUCUGCCAUUCAAAUUGACCAUCAAUACGAGCGAUGUUGAUGUGCCAGCUGACUUACAAUGUCUGGCGUCAUCACAAACUCGCUCACAUCCAGCAGUUUAUCAAUGGUUCCAGAAUUCAUGCAUUUGUUACCACAUUGCAUAUCCAUUCUGUGACAAAUUGAACACUGUUUUUAUGCCUUCAGAGGACACAAAAACAACAAGAGAUCACCCUCUCCCAAUGUGCAGGUGUUCAAGGGCACUGUCGUUAGUGCUGACCAAUGAACCAGAUCGGAAUCAAUUCUGGAUUUUAAAAAAUCUGGGUUUAUAAGGAGAAUGUCGGAUCGUUUUCAGAUGUUACGAUCAUUUAUGUAACACUGUUCAUGUAAAUGCGGGCUAACAACAGUGGCAUGAGAUCACGAGGUGCUAAUAAGCAAUGCCAUAUUAGCACCUCCUAUUAGCACCUCUGAUGAGCACAGUUGGCUACGUACGGUGUGAAAGAAGUUCAAUAGGUCGGUAAUGUCACGUCACCAUUCUUUUCCGAAAUCCAAAGUAAAUGUGUUUUUGGGAUGGUAUGGAAUGUCGCAACUCGUCGUGACUUCCGGACUCUUAGGAUUGAUAAGAAAUCGGGAGCAUGUCCCUCUCCCUGAUCGGGAGCGCAUCUUUGCUUCUCAAAUGCGCUUCCAAUCACCCCUCUACCACCAUUCAUGCCAUCCCCGCUGAGUUCAUCAUUCAGAAUGAAUAGUUUUAGGACAUUUGUUUCCCUAGAAUUUGUUUGACACAUGUUCUGGUAACUUCACAAUCGCCCAAAUUUAGACAUAAAUUCAUGUUGUUCAGAAACGAUAUUCAUUACCAAACGCAAAUAUCUUUGUGAAAACUUCAACCCGAACGCGAUUGCACAUUAUGCACAAUAUCUCGAGAGUAAUAGUUCAGUUUUCUCCCAAAAAAAUUGUACAGCCAAUAAAAAAUGUAAGACGGCCGCACGGCACCUGUGGAGGGCGGGAAGUGUUGGUCGCGAUGACAUGCGCCAGUGGCAUCCCCAUGGCCCGUGAACGCGUCGCGAACACCUGGAAAUCGUUCAACACAAUCAUAAUAAUUCCAUUAAUAGAGCGGCUUUUCAUCAAGGAUCACAAAGCGCCGUCCAGGACACAGCAGCAGCAGACAUGCAGCAUCAAAACAAUUAUAUUAUAAUCCAUUUACUAAAUCAACUAAAAGUUUAAUAAGCGUAUAAAUAGGUUUUAAGAUGCAUUUUUAAAAUGUCCACAGACUGAGAGAUCCUGAUAUCUUGUGGAAGAGCGUUCCAUAGCCUGAGGGCUACACGGGAAAAUGUCGGUCACCCUUAGACCAAAGCCUCGACCCUGGGAAUGCAGAGAAGAUCUACAUCCCCAGUUCUUAGGGACGUUGAGGGGACAUGGGUGCAGCAUGUCAGUGAUGUAGGCUGGAGCAAGAUGAUGGUUCACUGCUUUGUAAGUGAACAAUAGGAUUUUAAACUGUAUUUUAUGUCAAACUGGAAGCCAGUGCAGGGAGAUCAACACAGGCGUAAUAUGAUGUGAAGGUAUUCUGGUUAACAUGCUAGCAGCCGCAUUAUGAACAUGCAGCAAUAGUCCCCUCCUUGUCUACGAACUUGAGAUAGUACGGGGGGUGGGGGCGGGGGGGUCAGCGUUCUGUCACGGCCUGAAUAGAAGGGGACAAUCGCCACUGCAUGGCCACCUACGAGCAGUUGGCUCUGGGAGAUGGCGGUGCCCUUUUUUUAAACGUUGCCCGCGUGGGGCGUCCGUCACAGGACCCCAGCCACCGAACUUUUUUUGGGUGUCAGAAAUCGCGGCCCUGCAAUGGAUGGGGCCGUGCGAUCCUCCUACUGUACAUCGUUAGGUCAAUAUUUGAACCUUAUGGUGGGACCCUGGGGUCCCGAAUAAACAGAAGUAAAAAUCGUAAAAAAAAAUUGGCGACUCCGUCCCACCGCGCACAUAAACGCCACGACCCACCAGAAAUCAAUCCUCUCGUUCUUCACCAAGCACCCGUCGUUUCCAAACUUGCCGUAGUCAUUAACAAAACUUUUAAACUUUGAUUAACGCAUCGUGUAGAGCUCGUCGAGAGGAAUAGAUUGCCGUGUUGCUCGCCUUCAACAGACAUAAAAUGACGUCGCAACACUGUUUAUGCGAGAGCCGGGGGCUUAUGGGAUCCCGGGGUCCCGCCAUAAGAUGAAUUUGUAUCCGUUGAAUAAAAUGGACGCCGGUUCAAAGAAUCGGAGACAUUGCUGUCGUGGUAUCCCCGCGUGAAUUCAUAUUGAAGCUUUCACACAACUCUUGGUAAUCUCCAGUGAAUGAUUCAUAGCUGUGGAACAUCUGAUACAACGAUUGUUGCUUUUAACAUUAACCAGAAAUUGAUCUUUGUGGAAACUGAAGAAACAAUAUGCCAAUAUUUUAAAUGCAGUUUGCCCACAUGGACACACGAAGAACUCACGACCGGAUAAGCUGCGUAUAACUUAUGAAGUCACCACAACUCUACAAUUGCAUUCCAUGCUUGGAAAAAACACUUUAUAUUGGAGUAAAAUACUUGUAAUUUGCAUGGAUUAUAACUGUAAUAUAAAUUUGAUACAUGUGUCACAAUUACCCUGUGUUAGGGAACUUUGUUGAGGUUUUAUACUCGCGAGUGAACACUGUAGGGAUCUAUAUGAACACUGUAGGGAUCUAUAUGCGUGCAAUAAUACAUCAGGUCCCCAACCACACACCCAUGUCACCAGGUCACGACACGGGAAAUGUAGAGUCGCACUUUAACCAUCGGUAAUGUUGUUAAACUUCGUUGGUUUAUACCACGUUUGAAUUUGCAAUCGGUGUUUAUCGUGUUUUCCGCCACUCGUCCUGAACGUUUUAUCACACACUUGGAGGCUAGAAUCUGCCCUGCAGGCGGGCCGAAUGGCCCCCGGUGCAACAGAGCCGCUGGGCAUGAGUGCGUGAAGCCAUAUACAGUGGUUGCUGUGUUCCUGUGUUCUACCAGAACCAGACUUUCCUGAGUGUGUAAACAUAUUCUGCUCUCCUGUUUAACUUUCGCCCAACACACUACAUGGCAUCCAUCAAGCACGUGUGUCGACACAUGCAAAAUGUUAUUUUUUACAACAAAGAUGAAAAAAAAUACAUAACUUGUCUUUGAAAAUUCUUGGUAAAAAAAUUACGCUAACAUUUUGAAACGGGAAGUAGACAACAAAUGUGAAUUGACACCAGACCUGGAUCCAAAAAGUACGAUGUUGGAUUCCCAAGCCACGUUUGAAGAACGGCAGCCUCACUUGGUCAGGAGGGAUUUUAAAUAUCUCAAGCGACUGCAUGUUUAUGGGAACGGGAUGUGCACGGGAUUUACCCUUGUUAGAAAUCACCAGCACUCAAAUGCUUCGAGAGAUUUACCCGCCAAAGUUCGUAGAGGGACAAGUUUCACCCAUGGCAGCUCGCUCACCAGGGUCUCUGGUGCUGGCGCUGCGCCCUGAACAGGCGAGGCCAAAGGCCCCGAUGGUGGCGCCAGCGACUGAAAGAGGUCACCUAGGAACGAGGCCACGGAUGAGCGCGUCGUCCGAUACAACACACUCAGCUGGCAUUGCUAAUGAUCCACAAUAAAGGGUGAAACUGUUGUUGUUCAGUGGUGAGGAUUGUUUUAUUGGCACGUGAUGACAAGGUCAUUGUGGCUGUAAGAUUUUUUUAUUACGAAGCCAAUGUUGACAUGUGGAGAUGGGUUUUGAAAUCAUUUUGCAUCGUUUAUUUGAAGCAUACUAUUAUCAUAACGUUGUUUGAUGAACACCCUUCUUUACCCCCACACCUCCACCUGCAAGUGUUGGUAUGUACAUUACUUACAUUAAAGAUUAUGUUAAACUGCAAAGAGUAUUGAUGCAUGUGAAUAAAUGUUAUACAAUAUG